AUGGCGUCUUCCGCCCUGGCCACCGCGGCCGACAGCUCAGCGUUCAGCGUACGGUCCCUGUACCGGUCCCUGUUGCGCGAAGGGAACAAGUUUGCAAACUACAAUUUCAGAAUGUACGCGAGGAGGAGGACGAGGGAUGCAUUCCACGAACAUCAGCACGAGACGGAUCCCAGACGGAUACAGGAGUUGAUGCAGAAAGGGUUGAAGGAGUUGCAGAUGAUGAAAAGGCAAACUGUAAUAUCACAAUUCUACCAGCUGGACAGACUCGUGGUAGAAGGCGGAAAGACGGGAAAGGAAACUGGCGACCAGGGUGGAAUCGUACGACAGAAAGACACUGGAUGGGACUGA